CCAGGACUGGGGCUGGGUUGCGGCGGGGGCUGGAACUGGGACUGGACCUGGACGCGGAAGACCAGCCGCUGGGCCGGGGCGGAGCGCAGCGACGUGCCGGGGCCGCCAGGAGGGGCGUAUUGUCGCCGGCCCACCGCCAGCCGCCCCCAGCCCGCGCCGAGGCGCCCUUCCGCCGGGCUGCCUACCUCCGCCUUCCGCCUCCCUCCGUUUCCCCGGAAUCUCAGCCCGACGCGCCUCGACCCCGGCCCGGUUCUGGGUGGGGAAGCUCCCGGCCGCUUUCCGGCUUCACUUCUUCUUCGCACUACCCGGGCUACCAGCCUCCUCUCUCCGCUUUCCUGGCCUGGGUCCCACCCUCCUUGGUCCCCUUCCUUUAGCCUGGGCUCCCUACCCUUUUGCUUAGCCUAGAGUCCCAGCUCCUCAGUCACUUUCCUCAGCCAAAGGUCGCAGCCUUCCUUCUUCCUUUCACUUGCCUGGGGUCCACCCACUCCGGUCCCCGGGGCUCAGACUCCUCCCCUCCCCCUCCUUUUCCAGGCCUGAGGUUCCAGACCUUUUGUCUCCUCCUGCGGUCCUUCCUGGGUCCUUGUCCCUCUUCUCCACUUUGGAGUUCCAGAUCCUGAUCUCAAAACUUGGGGUUCCCACCUAUUGCAACCCCCCCAUCCUCCUUCCACUCCAGAGGACUGCUUCCACAAAAAUACCUCUCUAAAACAUGAACUUUUACUAGGGACUCUUCCGGGCUCUCUUCCAGCCAGUGGUCCCCUUGGUACCCAUGUCCCAGGUCUUACUCUCCCUUUGCUAAGAGUGGAGGCCCACUGGGCCCAGGGAGCAGGACGAUGCCUCUGUGGUGUGGCCUCAGUGGCCUCUCUCCGCCACGGAUCUUCCCUUCGUUGCUCGUGGCGGUGGCCUUGGUGGGGCUGCUACCCGUUCUCAGGAGCCACGGCCUGCAGCCCAGCCCUACUGCCAGCACCAUCCGGGGCUCCGAGCCGCCCCGGGAGCGCUCGAUUGGGGAUGUCACCACCGCCCCCCCGGAGGUCACCCCGGAGAGCCGCCCCGUUAACCAUUCCAUCACUGAACACAGCAUGAAGCCACGAAAGGCCUUUCCAGUCCUGGGUAUCGACUACCCACACGUGCGCAUACCAUUCGAGAUCUCCCUCUGGAUCCUGCUGGCCUGCCUCAUGAAGAUAGGUUUCCACGUGAUCCCAACCAUCUCGAGCAUAGUCCCGGAGAGCUGCCUGCUGAUCGUGGUGGGGCUGCUGGUGGGGGGCCUGAUCAAGGGCGUGGGUGAGAAGCCCCCACUCCUGCAGUCGGAUAUCUUCUUCCUCUUCCUGCUGCCGCCCAUCAUCCUGGACGCGGGCUACUUCCUGCCGCUGCGGCAGUUCACAGAGAACCUGGGCACCAUCCUCAUCUUCGCCGUGGUGGGCACACUGUGGAACGCCUUCUUCAUGGGCGGCCUCAUGUACGCCGUGUGCCUGGUGGGCGGGGAGCAGAUCAACAACAUCGGCCUCCUGGAGAACCUGCUCUUUGGCAGCAUCAUCUCAGCUGUGGACCCUGUGGCCGUGCUGGCCGUCUUUGAGGAAAUCCACAUCAAUGAGCUGCUGCACAUCCUCGUCUUCGGGGAGUCUCUGCUCAACGACGCUGUCACCGUGGUCCUGUACCACCUCUUCGAGGAGUUUGCCAACUACGACCAUGUGGGCAUCGUGGACAUCAUCCUGGGCUUCCUGAGCUUCUUCGUGGUGGCGCUGGGCGGGGUUUUUGUGGGCGUGGUCUACGGCAUCAUCGCAGCUUUCACCUCCCGCUUCACUGCACACAUCCGCGUCAUCGAGCCGCUCUUCGUCUUCCUCUACAGCUACAUGGCCUACCUGUCAGCCGAGAUCUUCCACCUGUCGGGCAUCAUGGCGCUCAUCGCCUCAGGGGUGGUGAUGCGCCCCUACGUGGAGGCCAACAUCUCCCACAAGUCCCACACAACCAUCAAGUACUUCCUGAAGAUGUGGAGCAGCGUCAGUGAGACCCUCAUCUUCAUCUUCCUUGGCGUUUCCACCGUGGCUGGCUCCCACCACUGGAACUGGACCUUUGUCAUCAGCACCCUGCUCUUCUGCCUCAUUGCCCGGGUGCUGGGUGUGUUGGGCCUGACCUGGUUUAUCAACAAGUUCCGCAUCGUGAAGCUGACCCCCAAGGACCAGUUCAUCAUUGCUUACGGGGGCCUGCGAGGGGCCAUUGCCUUCUCCCUGGGCUACCUCCUGGACAAGAAGCACUUCCCCAUGUGCGACCUGUUCCUCACCGCCAUCAUCACCGUCAUCUUCUUCACCGUCUUUGUGCAGGGCAUGACCAUCCGGCCGCUGGUGGACCUGCUGGCUGUGAAGAAAAAGCAGGAAACGAAGCGCUCCAUCAAUGAGGAGAUCCACACGCAGUUCCUGGACCACCUUCUGACAGGCAUCGAGGACAUCUGUGGCCACUAUGGCCACCACCACUGGAAGGACAAGCUCAACCGGUUCAAUAAGAAGUAUGUGAAGAAGUGUCUGAUCGCCGGCGAGCGCUCCAAGGAACCUCAGCUCAUCGCCUUCUACCACAAGAUGGAGAUGAAGCAGGCCAUCGAGCUGGUAGAAAGUGGUGGCAUGGGCAAGAUCCCCUCUGCCGUCUCGACCGUCUCCAUGCAGAACAUCCACCCCAAGGCCCUGCCUGCCGAGCGCAUCCUGCCAGCACUGUCCAAGGACAAGGAGGAGGAGAUCCGCAAAAUCCUGAGGAACAACUUGCAAAAGACCAGGCAGCGGCUGCGGUCCUACAACAGACACACACUGGUGGCCGACCCCUACGAGGAGGCCUGGAACCAGAUGCUGCUCCGGAGACAGAAGGCCCGGCAACUAGAGCAGAAGCAGAUCAACAACUACCUGACCGUGCCUGCCCACAAGCUGGACUCACCCACCAUGUCGCGGGCCCGCAUCGGCUCAGACCCGCUGGCCUAUGAGCCGAAGGCAGACCUGCCUGUCAUCACCAUCGACCCCGCCUCCCCGCAGUCGCCUGAGUCCGUGGACCUGGUGAAUGAGGAGCUGAAGGGCAAUGUCUUGGGGCUGAGCGGGGACCCCGGGAGGAUGGCCGAAGAGGACGAGGAUGAUGAUGGGGGCAUUAUGAUGCGCAGCAAAGAGCCUCCAUCCCCAGGCACUGACGAUGUCUUCACCCCUGGGCCCAGCGACAGCCCCGGCUCCCAGAGGAUGCAGCGCUGCCUCAGUGACCCAGGCCCUAACCCUGAGCCGGGGGAGGGAGAGCCUUUCAUCCCCAAGGGGCAGUAAUGCCAGGGCCAGCGGGUGAUGCCCGCCCCACCACAGACUCUCCCACCGGAGCAGGGGCUGCUGGGGGUGCUCCCCUCGCCCUCCCUGACCCACCCCCACUGCAUGGCAGCUGGGCCCACAGCCCCCGCCGCAGCACGGCUUCCCUUGGCCUCCUGGGAAGCAGCCUCCCCCCGCCAGGAUUGCCUUCCCAGUCCACUUGGCAGAACUGCUGGGCCGGGAGGCAGACCCUGCCCCUUUCCCGGCCCAGGCUCUCUUCCGUACCCAACUCUGGCCUCCCAGGGGCCAGAACCUUGUGGUCCCCUCCCUCCCCAGCACCACUCUGUCACCCUCCUCUUUCAAACCAAUCUUGGUUUUGAACCAAAGAGCCUCUGGCUCAGCCUUGGUCCCCCUAGGAAAGGUAGGAGCUGAAGCCUCGCUUGGCCUAAGCCAGGCCCACCAUUACCAGGGGAAGCAAUAGGCGUGUGGCUGGGGGACGGGCUGGUGACCUGUCCUCCUCCUGCCAGCGCUGUCACCCUGGCCAGUCGUCCUCCCCAUCCUCACUCGGAGCUGUGGGCCCAGGGCGGCCCUGAGCUGCUCUGGUUGGACAGUGAUGUGGCCAACACAGAGCUUUCCGAACUGUGCUCUAGGGCACCACUGGACCCUUCAGGGACUGCCGGGGUUCUGGAAAGUCCUGCCUUUUUAUCUGUUUUGUUUGUCCACGCUUCCAUCUAUGAUUCUGUUUGCACAGAGGGCAUUCCUGUUUUUAAAACAUUUUGAAAACUCCUGGCUUAGCAGAGCUCUAACUCACUUCUGCUCUAGGGAACUACUCCUCGUCUAUGUCUGUCUGUCCUACAUCCUCUCCCUACAUUGGUCCUCUGCCUCCUGGGCCCGCAGCUGUAGCCCAAAUGGCUCUGAUUCUAGAAGUGACCCUCCCCCCAGCCAUGGUCCUUUUAACCCGAGAGAUGCUGGGCCUUCCAGCACCUUCUUUGCUCUUGGGCCUGGCCUUCAGGUCCUGCCAGCCUAUUCAUUCUUACUUCCCCCCACCCCUGGGGUGGGCCUAGAACCCCUCUCUCUGUGUACACUUCAGUCAGCUUCCCCUCGGGGCCUCCGGCCUGGGCCGGGGGUGGAGGGUUGGGCGGACUCGUGGGCCCCAGAGGCCUUUGCUCACUGGCACACAUCCCCCCCCAGCCUCCCACCCACCAUGGCCAGGCCCAGGCUGCUGGUGUCUGUCCUUCCUCCCCAGGACACUCCCUUCCCCAGGAUCGUGCAAUAGUCAGACUGCCCUCUUCCCAGUGGACUGGGCAGUGGGUGCUUGGCCCGUCUGUCCACCCUCCUCUCUGUGCAAGUGCUGUUUGGGGCAGGAGUCACCAUGCAAGGGUGACAUUGACAACUACAUACCAAGCCACUGCAGCUGCUGCCGCUCUGCCACCUGUACAGAAGAAACUGAAUCUUUUUCAUAUUCUAAUAAAUCAAUGUGCAUUUUUGAUAGA